AUGUCGUUACGUAUGCGGGUGAGUGCCGCUGAAUCUGGAGUGAAUCUUCGCAAUGAGUUCUUCAGAGUGCCCAUACUACCACUGGACUCGGGCGCGAGGAACUCUGAUGUGCCCAGUGUUGAGGAGAAGUGGAAACAGGAGGAGCCGGGCUAUUUGGAUAUUGUUGAUGAGGCUUUGAAGGCGUUUCGAGUGGACAUUCUGGCCCUUGGCACUUACCGUGGAACUGAAGGAGGAGGAGGAGGAGGAGGUCCUCAUAUGCGUGACAGGUUCCGAACAAUGGACAACUAUGACCGAGUUAUGACCUACCUUAUGGUGUGGAUACAUCGAUGCCUCUGUAUCACCAUUGAGGCUAUUCGGGAUGGUGACACGCAGAGUGACGCUGCAGAUAAUAACAGCGGCAGAUGCAGCCAAAGCGGUGGUAGGAUGUCCAAGGACAGACUGCUGUGGAUCCUCAAGGAUGCCUCUAUUGAUGCCGAUAAGGAUGGGGAGUCAAUCAGUGACUGGAAACGAACAUUGUUGCUGCUGAGAGAAGAGACAGAUGUUAGUUCAAUAUCUUCGGAUGACCUCGAGGAUCUAGGUGCCUACUUUCUGCAUCUCCGCAACAUCACCGUGGAUCGGUACAGCGCUUUGGGCCUCACUCGAACGGCAUCAGAGGUUGAGAUCAAACGAGCAUAUCGACAACAAGCGCUGAGAUGGCAUCCCGACAAGAACCAGGACAAUAUCGAUGAGGCCACUGAAAGGUUCCAGCAGAUUGGAAGAGCCUAUGAGAUCCUAGGGGACUCGCAGAGGAGGCGAAGGUACAACAUCAACGAUAUCUUACUUUGGUGGGCUAUCUCUCGCAGGUACGACCUUGAGGGAAGUAUUGAUGAUGAUGCCGCUUUCGAGGAGCAGAACAUGGAUGACUUCCUAAACCUUUUCGCAGGAGCAAUGGGAGGAGGCUUCAUGGGACCGGGAGUCUUCUUUGGUGGUGGGGGAGGAUUCUUCGGUGGUCCACAAUUCUAUACAGUGGAUUCCGAUGAUGAUGACGACGAUUAUGAUGAGGAAGACUUUUUCGAUGAGCUCCUCGGUGGUGGUCGUAGUAGCCGCACUCGGCAUAGAAGGGAUGUUACUGAGGACUUCAUAGCGGCUAUGAUGUUCGAUCGGAUAUUCACACGUGGGUGGCAUCGUAGUGGCGAUGAUGAGGACUGGGAGACUGUCGAAGAAGACGAUGAUGAUGACGACGACGAUGACGACUCCCUAUUAGAAGCUCUCUUUUUGGACCGCUUUGCGCAUCCUGUGAUGAACCAGCCGACUCGAGGUGGACCUAUGAGAUUCAAAUGUGGAGUAUGUCGCUCUUGCUUGGCGGGUACUGGUUCAGGAGGGAAGACGUAUAACGAGAACGGCAUACAUCGACAUAUUACAGAGGACCAUCAAAACUGGCUACUGCGAUUCAGAGAGAUUAUUGAAGAAGAAGCCGCCGAUAUUUUCGACUUGGAUGACGACGCUCUCGAGGAGGCACUGGACGCUGUACAAAAGGAAAUGGGGAAGUCCAAGGCGACUUCACAACAUUUCUCGUAUGGUUUCGGCUGCUUUGGCGCCGCCCAUCUAAGGUGGCCUGUUGAGAUCCAAAAAAACAAUAAGAGGACCGUCUACAUCCUAGCUUUCUUGUAA